AUGAGUGAAAAAAUUGAUUCUAAUAUUUUAAAGAAAUAUGAAAUAAUGACUAAGAUAGGUAAAGGUGCUUAUGGGAUAGUUUGGAAGGCAAGAGAUAUAAAAUCUAAACGUAUUGUUGCAUUAAAGAAAGUUUUUGACGCUUUUAGUAAUCCAACUGAUGCCUAACGAACGUAUAGAGAAGUACAAAUUAAUAUGUUAUUCUAGGUUAGCUUUUUAAAGUAACUAAAUCAUCCUAAUAUUAUUCAAUUAAUUGAUACAUACCCUGCUGAAAAUCAAAAUGAUCUAUAUUUGAUUUUUGAAUACAUGGAAACAGAUCUACACAUUGCCAUUAGAGCCAAAAUUUUAUAGCCACUUCACAGAAGAUAUAUCAUUUAUUAGUUAUUUAAAGCCCUCAAAUAUAUACAUUCUUCUGGGAUGAUUCAUAGGUAUAAAAUUCUAUUUUAUAUCAAUUUAGAGAUUUAAAACCAGCAAACAUUUUAUUAGAUUCAGAAUGUAAAAUAAAAUUAGCAGAUUUUGGAUUAGCUAGAAUGGUAUGUACAUUAGAGCAAGAUAUAUUAACAGAUUAUGUGGCAACAAGAUGGUUUAGAGCUCCAGAAAUUUUAUUAGGAUCAAAAUCUUAUUCAUUUGGAGUUGAUAUGUGGUCUAUUGGUUGUAUGAUUGGAGAAAUGAUACUAGGAAAGGCUUUAUUUUCAGGAACUUCGACAAUUAAUCAAUUAGAAAAAAUAAUUGAAGUUUUAGGAAUACCAACACCAGAAGAAAUUUAGAGUUUAGGAGGUUAAAAUUAAUUAUUUGAUAAAUAUCCUAGAAAUUAUAAGUCUAAUUUGAAAACAAUUUUGAAUUCGGAUGAGGAUGAGCUAGAUCUCAUCAAAAAACUUUUAGUAUAUGAUCCAAACAAAAGAAUUUCUGUGUAAGAUGCUUUAAAGCAUCCUUAUCUUAAAGAAUUUUAUAACCCAAAAGAGGAAAUUACUUUUAAAGGAUAAUUGAUUUUAAAGUUACAAGAUGAUAAACAGUAUCCAAUCUCUUCCUAUAGAGAUUUAUUAUAUAAACAAAAUUUAGAUUUGACGAAAAUUUUAACUUUAGUAAACAAAUAAAAAUCUCUAAUAUAAAACAUUUAAAGCAAUAGAUCUGAUGCAUUAAAAAAGUAAUCAAGUUAAUAAUAGUUUUUAAAUUAACAAUUCGCAAAAAGUGCCUUUAUGAAGAGUAAUUCAACUGUUAAUAUCGAAAAAAGUGUUAAUAAAACAGCAACAGCAACUUUACAUAAUAGCAAUUCAAAGCAACCUUAAAAUAGCAAUAAAUCUUCAUCUACUUAAAUUAAAAACAAAUUGAAAUAAAUUUGUUUAUAAUCUGCUGAUAAAUGUGAAGUUGUUGUUCAAAAAAAGUCUCCAAACUCUAAAAUUUCAUAAUAACCAAAAUUACUAAUCUAAUCUAACUCAAAAUAAUAAAUUUUGAAUAAUGUUACUAAUACAUCCAUUAGUCCAUCAUAAUCAUAAUAGCGACUAUAGAUUGUAAGGCAAUAACAUUAAUAAUUAUAAAAAUGA